CAAUCUAGCUCUGGGUGUAGUUACCAUUGCACGCUGGGAAAGUGUUGUGGGAACAACAGCUCCGCCUCCAGGGCUCCGCCCACCGCACUCAGUUCUCUCCAAGCCUCUUUCCCAGUUCCCACUCGCGCCUGGUGACACUCAGAGCUGACACUAUGGUUCAUCAAGUGCUCUACCGGGCGCUGGUCUCCACCAAGUGGCUGGCUGAGUCCAUUCGGUCUGGCAGCCUGGGGCCCGGCCUUCGGGUGCUGGACGUGUCAUGGUACUCUCCCGGGACCCGCCAGGCCCGCAAAGAGUAUCAAGAACGCCACGUGCCUGGUGCGUCCUUCUUUGAUAUAGAGGAAUGCCGAGACACGGCUUCGCCUUAUGAGAUGAUGCUGCCCAGUGAGGCCCACUUUGGGGACUACGUGGGAAGGCUGGGAAUCAGCAACGACACACACGUGGUGGUGUACGAUGGAGACGACCUGGGCAGCUUCUAUGCACCCAGAGUAUGGUGGAUGUUCCGUGUGUUUGGCCACCGCACAGUAUCAGUGCUCAAUGGUGGUUUCCGGAACUGGGUGAAGGAGGGCCACCCGGUGACAUCUGAGCCCUCACGGCCAGAGCCAGCUGUUUUCAAAGCCACACUGGACCGCUCCCUGCUCAAGACCUAUGAGCAGGUCCUGGAGAACCUCCAGUCUAAAAGGUUCCAGCUGGUGGACUCUCGGGCCCAAGGACGGUACCUGGGUACAGAACCGGAGCCCGAUAUAGUAGGACUGGAUUCAGGUCACAUCCGCGGCUCAGUCAACAUGCCCUUCAUGAACUUCCUGACUAAAGACGGCUUUGAGAAGAGCCCAGAGGAGCUGCGGGCCAUUUUCCAGGACAAAAAAGUGGACCUCUCUCAGCCCCUCAUCGCUACAUGUCGCAAGGGGGUCACGGCCUGCCAUGUUGCCCUGGCUGCCUAUCUUUGUGGCAAGCCUGACGUGGCUGUUUAUGAUGGCUCCUGGUCGGAGUGGUUCCGCAGGGCACCCCCCGAGACCCGUGUGUCUCAGGGGAAGAGUGGGAAGGCCUGAGUGUGCGCAGCCUCCUUUUCUGCACACCAAAUUCAGCCAGUGAGGCCAGUGUGACCUGCCCCGGGUUCACACCUCUUAGGCAAUGGAGUUUGAUGGGUUUUAGAAUUGCUGUGAGUGCCUUCCUCCCCUCACACUGGAAUAAAGUGCCUUUUCUCA